AUGGCAGAACAUGGUCCACAUCCUGUCAUUUCUGUUCCCAGAGACUUGAGGUUUAACAGCAUAAGAGAAAUUCCAGGGAGUGCCUUCAAGAAGCUCAAGAAUGUGAACACGCUUCUCUUGAACAACAACCAAAUCAGAAAAAUUUCCAUAAAUGCUUUUGAAGGACUUGAAAAUUUGCUUUAUCUGUACCUGUACAAAAAUGAAACCCAUUCACUAGAUAAGCAAACAUUGAAAGGACUCCUAUCCUUGGAACACCUUCCAGGUUAUCUUCGUUUUAACCAACCAGAAACACUCCAUCCGGAGCCCUUUGGAGCCCUUUUGAAAGUAGAGCAGCUAUUUUUGCAUAACAAGAAACUACCUAAAAUCCCAGCUGGGAGCUUUUCUCAUCUGGAUUCUUUAAAAAGACUGCAUCUGGAUCCCAGUGCUCUGGUUUACGACCGUGAUUUGCUGGGGCUGGGGGAACUUCUUCUACAAGGCUGUGCUCAGAGCAGCCAAAUGCAGGCUGCUGCUAUGUGGGGGCAUCCCAGAAGACUCCACACACUCGGCUGCUUCAAUAGUCCCCAGAUUACUCUUGAGCCCCACAAUGUGGAGGUGACAUCAGGGAACACUGUCUACUUCACUUGCUGGACUGAAGGGAAUCCCAAACCCGUUACUUGGAUACAUAAUAACCAUUCAUUGGUGGAAGAUGAUGCUUGACAUAAUAUGUUUGAUAAUGAGACACUAAUUAUCAGAAACACUAGAGAGUUAAACCAGGGUGUCUAUCAGUGUAUGGCCAGAAACUCUGCCGGGGAAGCCAAGACCCAGAGCGCCAUGCUCAAAUACACCAGGCUGACGUGUAAAACUUUGUAUUUUCUGGUUGAAUUUCAUGUUGAUGUCUUAGUUGGCAACAGCACAACUUUGGAGAGUAUGGCUACAGGCCACCUGCACCCCCACAUUACUUGGACCAGGGAUGAUGGAGAGGAGCCGGAUGGGUCCAGGCACAUGGACUUUACUUACAGAACAGUGACUUCUAGUGGACUUUACUUCCAUAACAUCACGCUGCAGGAUCAUGGGCGAUUCACCUGCCAUGCCAACAACAGCCAAGGCUCUAUUCAAAUGACAGCAAAUGUAAUUGUACAAGGUAUCCAAGUAAUUGAUUUAAAAAAAUAUUGCGGCUUACAAACAUGGUAUCCAGAUGCGUCCUGUUUGACUUGGCUGGCAUGUAGUGACAAAAAUGAUACUGACAUGGUGCUAUUUCAGUUUAUUUCCACUGCUCUUCCCGGGUUUACUCAGCACCCUCAGGAUACGAGUGUUGAGGCUGGGAAGAACAUAAACAUUUUCUGGAAGAACAUAAGCAUUUUCUGUCAUGCUCCAGGAGAGCCACAACCCAUAAUUACUUGGAAGAAGAUAAGAUCUCAACUUAAAGAGGGUGUACAGAUUAUAGAGAGUGGUAAAGUCCAUGUCAGCAGUGAAGGCACAUUGACUGUCUAUGAUGCAGGGCAGGCUGACCAAGGACGAUGUGGGUGUACAGAAUGGAAACCUCAGCGGUGGUCGCACAAAUGGAGACAGGCUGUGACGGUGGCCUGGUGUGCUUUCCGCGUGGGGGACUCACUCACGGAAGGCAGAGCAAGUUUGCCCGAGGAGCUGAUGUGGGUUUGCUGCCCUGCAGCAGGACCUACGUCCUCCUCGCAUCCCUCUGAAAUUGUCAGCAUAACGCAGGCAGGAGGCCUGAGCCCCUCUGACUUUGCUGCUUUCCUCUUUCGGCCGUCCAGCCUCCUCGCCCAACGGUUUCUUUUCCACUUCUCUUCCUCAAGAUUAUCUUUAGCCAAUCUGUGGUCAAUUCAGUGUGUUUCUCGGACAAGGACCGAGAGCACUGGUGUCCUAGAGCCUCAACCCUUACUGGGCCAACAAGCCGGCAAUGACUUUGUUGAAUUGUCCGUUCUUGAUGCUAUACUGAGGGUUGACAGUGCAAUUAAUUCCACAAGAAGACGUUUGUUUUCACAAAAGCCUUGCACACCCAGUGAUCUACCAGCUCAGUUCCGAUACCCACGUGACCCACUAACUGUGGAGAUGGCGAGAGCAGGGGAGAUUUUUGAGCACACACUGCAGCUGAUCCGGGAGUGUGUGAAGCAGGGGCUUGCUGUGAAUUUGGAAGGCAGAGAAUUCCGCUACAAUGACCUGGUGUCCCCGCACUCCCUCGGCCUCCUGGCCGAUUUAUCUGGAUGCACAGCCCAUAGGCACCGGCCCGACUGCUCCCACCUGUGUUUCCACCUGCAAUACAGAAUGUGCAACAGCCUGCAGCCCCCCUAUCCCCCCAUGUGGGGCGCGGUGUGCACAGCCUUGGGGCGCCUGCUGCAGCCGACCUACCAGGACCGCUACAAUUUGCCCAGCGGCCUGGGGCUCCCCGGCUUCAGCCGGCUGCUCCUGCCGCCCAGGCUGGUGUCCACAGAGCUGGCCUGCUCAGGGGCCGUCACCCCCAAGCACAGGAACACGCACAACUCAUGCAGUGGGAGCAGUUUCUGGACCACGACUUGGUCCACACUCCCGGUGUGCAGCAGCGGUGCGACCCCCCUGAUGACCCGCUCAGUCUACCCUCGAGAGCAGAUGAACCAGCUCAUGGCCUACAUCUAUGCCACCAAUGUUUAUGGGAGCUCAGAGCCGGAAUCUCAGGUUCUCAGAGACCCCUCAGUGCCUCAGGGACUGCUGAGGACAGGCCUGCCGUGGUCCCCUCUGGAAAGGCCUUACCGCCUUUCUCUACAGGCCUGGCCUCCGCGUGCACAGGAGGAAACAGGACAGCCACAGCCCCUGCCUCCUGCUGGGGACAACUGGGCCAAAGAGCACGUAGCUCUGAUGGCCACACACACGCUGUGGUCUGUGAACACUACCGGUGGUCACGAACUGUCGGCCCUGUACCCCCACUGGGACGAAGACACCCUGUACCCCGAAGCCAGGAGGAUCCUGGGCGCCGAGCUGCAGCACGUCACCUAGCCCAAGAUCCCUGGGGACCCCGGCCUGACGAUGCUGAGAUUGUACCAGGGCUGCAGCCUCAGCGUGAACACGGGCAUCACUAACUCUUUUGCCACCACAGCUUUCAGAUUUGGCCUCAUGUUAAUCAAUUGACCGAUUGGCACCUUUGGUGAAAUUCUUGAAGGCCUCCUGCCAGUCCCAGGGAAGUGGGUAGACCCGUUGCUCCGUUUCUUCGCUGUGGCGGCCAGACUGCGGUGCCCUCUCGGGGGUCAGCCUUGAGCUCAGGAGAAGCUGCUGGCCACUGCCCACUCUGCGGCCCGAGAGGUGGCAGCUACCAAUGUUCAGAGGGGUCGGGACCACGGGAUCUCGCCCUGUGUUGACUUCAGAGUGAUCUGUAAUUUGACUUCUGUUGAGAACUUUGAGGCUCUUUAGAAUGAAAUUAAAGAUUCAGAGUUUAGACAAAAGCUGAAAAAGCUGUGCAGUGCUAUAGGUGACAUUGACCCCUGGCCGGCCCUGAUGGUCGAAGACCUGAUCCCUGGUACAAGAGGGGGACUGACACUAACACGCCUGUUGGUUACCCAGUUUCAGUGGCUAAGAGACGGAGAUAGGUUCUGGAAUGAAAACCCUGGAGUAUUUACUCCAGCACAACUCACUCCACUGGGACAGGCAUCACUAGGUCGUGACAGUGGUGACAACAUUCACCAAGUCCCAAUGGAUGUCUUUGUAAAGGCAGAAUACCCACAGGACAACCUGAGCUGCAGUGAGAGUCCCAAGGUUGAUUUGUGAGUGUGGCGAGACUGUGGUGAAGGGCCUCCUGCUGGGCAGCGCCCUGCACCCGAGCAGGCCAGCUGGGCAGAGCAGCCUCCGCACCUCCAGGGGGCAGCAGCCUGUCAAGGUGCCCACGUGCUCAGCAUUAGCCCCGUACUGCGACCCUGGAAGCGGGAGCCGCUGCGAGGGGAGGCGCUGCAGCAGGGAUGCUGCCCGGCGCUCGGCCUGUCCUGCCCUCCAGGGCUGCUGUGCCUGAGCAGGGGAGACGCAGUCUCGGUUCCCAGUUUCUCUCUUCCUUCCUGGGAGAACGUGCUGCCUCCAAGUCUCCGGCUUCCUCCUCGUCUGACGACCAGAGCAGCCAGGCACCAAAAUAACCUGUACACGGGUGAAGACGCCAGCAACGUGACGCUUCGGGCAAAAACAGAGUUUGCUCAGGAUUUCAGAAGUUUUGCCGAGGAAAUUCAGGAAACCAUUACAGGACACAGAGAGCAGAUAAGCUAGCUGAAGUCUCACCUGAGGCAGGCAGGGUGUACAGACCACAGAGGGAUUCAAAGCAAGGACAAGGAGAGCCGGUGGAAGGAAGACGGUGUCAGCUGCGUCUGCAAGUCUUGUGGCCCGGUCACGUGUGUGGUGGAGACUUGUUCCUCGGUUCCAGGUGCCAGUCCUGAGUUGGUGAAAGGAAUCUGCUGUCCAGUCUGCAGAGACCAAGGAAUGCCUGCUGACUACCCAGAGAAAUGCUAA